AUGUCACUACUGGAUAAUAUUGUAUUGGGUAGUGAAAAAGUACCAGUAGUGUUAGAUAUUGGAGCUGCAUAUACAAAAUGUGGCUUUGCAGGAGAAUCGUGCCCUCGACAUAUUUUGCCAAGUUCUGUUGUUACCUGUGUCGAUGGCAAGGAGAAAGUUGUCAAAUUCAUCGAUUAUGCAGGAAAUAGCCAAGAAUUAGUCAAGUUGCUAAAACGAUUUAUCCAUAACAUUUUUUUCAAGUAUCUGCUAGUCAAUCCAAAAGAUAGGCGUAUGGUUAUUGUAGAAUCUGUUCUAUGCCCUAAUACGUUCAAAAAUUCCCUUGCAAAAGUCAUCUUUCAGCAUUUCGAGAUCCAAUCGGCUAUGUUUGCGCCAGGCCAUUUAAUGGGUUUAUAUAGCUUAGGGCUCACAACUGCGAUGAUAGUAGAUUGUGGCUACAGUGAGGCGAUAGUCUUACCAUUUUAUGAAACUGCUUCGUUAUUUAAUUGCUGCCAAGUCUCUAACCUUGCCGGGAAAGUGAUAAAUUCUCACCUAGAAAAGCUUUUGUUGCUGUACGCCUCGAUAACUUAUGGUAACGAAACGAAACCUUUCGCUGCCGAAAGAGGCCCUUUAACAGAAGAUAUACUAGAAGAGAUCAAAGUAAAGGCAUGCGUGUCAGGUCAUAAUCCGAAUUAUGAAGAUAAUGCUUCUGAGUCUACAAUAAAGCCUCUUCCCGCAAAACCUAUGAAGUUCCAUUUAGGACCAAGUAAGGUUCUAACAAUCCCUGGCGAAGUUAGGGAUAAAAUGUUAGAUGCAGUCUUUAAGCCGGAUUGUAAUGAUAUAUCUCUUGCAUCAAUGAUCAUAGACUGUCUGCUUAUGUGCCCGAUCGAUAUUCGUAAGGACUUAGCGGCAAGUAUCUGUGUAACAGGUGGUUGUGCAGCUAUUCCGGGAUUUAAUUGGCGUCUGAAAGAAGAGUUGACAGUAUUAGCCAAUUCACCACGCUACAAGGAUGAACUAUGCGUUAAGACCUUUAAAUUUUAUGAAACAGUCGUACAUCCGAAUUAUACAAAUUGGCUAGGAGGAUCGAUUUGUGGAAUAUUGGAAAACCUUCCUGAUCGAUCAAUUUCACGGGAGACAUUUCUGAAAGCAGAAUAUGUACCUGACUGGACGCAUUCAAGGAAAAGGUUAAGAAGUGUAGCUCAAGCUAUCAUGAAGAAAGUUUCUGGUGAAAAGACGCCUAGCUUAGCGUCCGUUGUUAGUAAAAUCAUGACCUCAUCAGCGAAAGCAAAAUUACCUAAAGUUGCUAUAAAUGAUGAUAGUUAA